CCAGCUCGACUCUCCGAAUCACACAAUCCUCCCGACUUUUAUCGAGAACGUCUCUUACUAAUACCUGUUCUCAUCUACACUCGUAUCCACGAAGAAAUCGACUACCGAACUUUUCAUUCUCCAGAGCUCUCAAUAUGGCGACUCAGCAUACGACCUACAAGUUGAACACCGGAGCGACGAUUCCUGCUGUUGGCUUCGGGACAUGGCAAGACGUGGACGCGCAGGAGCAGGCGGUGUUGGCCGCUCUUAAGGCGGGAUAUCGUCAUAUCGAUACGGCUCGCAUUUACGGUACGGAGCCUGCGAUUGGCAAAGCCAUCCGUGAGUCCAAGAUCCCGAGGGAAGAACUCUUCAUCACCACGAAGCUAUGGAACAACUCGCAUGCGCCGAAGGAUGUCGAGCCUGCGCUUGAUGCUUCGCUGAAAGACCUUAGGGUCGACUAUGUUGACUUAUACCUCAUGCACUGGCCCUCAGCGUUUAAGAGUGGCGACUCCCUGAUGCCGAAGGAUUCGAAUGGCAAGAUGCUGACUGAGAAGACAGACUAUGUCGACACCUAUAAGGCAAUGGAAGCCCUUCUCAAGACCGGCAAGGCCAAAGCCAUCGGUAUCUCUAACUUCUCGAAGAAAGAGCUCGACCGUAUUUUGAACGAAUGUGACGUCGUUCCCGCCGCACAUCAGUUCGAGCUUCACCCAUGGCUGCAACAGAAUGAGUUUAGCAAGUACAACCAAUCCAAAGGCAUAAUCGUCACCUGCUACUCGCCCUUCGGGAACCAAAACGAGAUCUACGACAAGGGCAAGAAUAUGGGGAAAUUGAUGGACGAGCCCGUGCUCGUCGAGAUCGGAAAGAAGUAUGGGAAGAAUGGCGCACAAACGGCCCUUGCAUGGUCCAUCGCCAAAGGCCACGUCGUCAUCCCCAAAUCCAAAUCGCCCGAACGUCUCGCAGCGAACCUCGCCGGCGAUUUCAAGCUUGAGCCUGAAGAGAUCAAGAAGAUUGAUGGGCUGGAUAAGAAGUUGAGGUUUAAUGAUCCGUCGAAGAGCUUUGGGUACGAGUUUUAUACGGAUUUGGAUGGGAAGAAGGUUUAGAUUAGAUGUGUUGUGAGGUUGUGAGGAGGCUUGAUGGGUUGAUGGGUAGACGAUGUCUCGUAUUUUAAAGGUGUAUCAUAUCCG